AUAAAUGAUACCUAUUUGCCGAAAAAUACAUAAAGCUUCAGAAUGGUGACUAUGAGAACUCUUGUUAAAACAGCCGCUUAUAUCGGUAUCGGCGGCAUUACAGCUGUGUUAUUUCUGAAGGGCAGGAUGGAAGACCGUGUCCGAUCCCAGGUCUACUAUAAGGAUUCUUUGAAACUACUAAGGAAACAUCCAGGAGCAAUUACGCUACUAGGGGAACCCAUCAAAGAUUUGGGAUUUGAUUUUGGCCAAGAGAGCCAGAAAUACGGUGAUGGCAGGAUAGAGGGUUUUGAAGUGCCGGUUAAGGGAAGAAAUCAACGUGGAAAGUACUACUUCUGGGCGGAACACAAAGAUGAUAAGUGGAACAUAACGAGAGCUGAGCUCGAACUCAACAAGGAACCAGGUCGAAGGCUGUUGAUUCAUCAAUCGGAUCGGUGAAAGAAAUGUGCUUAGUAAGAUCCAAAUAUUAGAUAAAGCUCGGAUAAUUUAUAUAAUUAGUAAAUAAUUUAAAACACUAAAAAUGCCUUUAUGUAAAUUUUCGAAUAUGUACAUACUACUUAUUUUAUAUGUUAAAUGAGUUGCUAGAUUAAGGUCACUAAACACCAUAAAUUCUUUUUUUUGCAAAUUUUUAAAAAUUAAGUUUUAAUACAAGUCAACAGUCGAGUUAACUAGAGUUAAGAGAAGAUAAGUGUAGAACAGAUAAGUGGAAGCUAAAAUCCAAACACGUAGGUACAUACUACCUUCUACACGUUUUAGGUUCUAUAGGCAGCGAAAGGACGCUGUUCUGCUUAUAAUAUACUGAUAGGUACCUCGCUCUUCCACCAUUGACCGGCACAUAAGGUU